GCCACAAUAUCUUCGCACAGUUCCCAAAGGAGAAAUCGAGAGUGUCUCUGCUUUAGAGAGAGAGAGAGAGGUUUUUGAGAUGAAUCAGAAGAGAGGAGAGAGACGAGAUUCCCCGGUGCCGUACAACGUUAUCCAUAAGCUUCCGCACGGAGACAGUCCUUAUGUCCGAGCCAAACAUGUUCAGCUGGUAGAUAAGAAUCCAGAAGGAGCAAUUGCGUUGUUUUGGAAGGCGAUCAAUGAGGGGGACAGGGUGGAUAGUGCCUUGAAAGACAUGGCAUUGCUCAUGAAACAGCAGAACAGAGCAGAUGAAGCAAUCGAAGCUAUCAAAUCUUUCAGACAUCGAUGCUCGAAGCAAGCUCAAGAAUCCCUUGUUAAUGUCCUCAUCGAUCUCUACAAGAAAUGUGGGAGAAUAGAGGAACAGAUAGAGCUGUUGAAUCAAAAACUUUGGACGAUAUAUCAAGGAGGGGCUUUCAACGGGAAGCCGACAAAGACAGCAAGAUCGCAUGGAAAGAAAUACCAAGUCACGGUCGAGAAGGAGACCUCUCGGAUUCUGGUAACAAUUUCCCGACAUUCACAUUGAUCGGUUGAACCUGAUUUCUCGAACCCAAUUGCGAGUUGAGUUUGUUGAUUGAGUAUGGAAUAUGGAAAUUUGAAAAAUGUAGGG